AUGUCUGCUGAGAACACUCCGGCCCCAUCUGGCGCCACAGAGGCCACGGCACCAGUCAACGAAAUCGUCUUCACAGAGAAGGAUAUCAAGAACAUUGUGGCCGCCGCAGCGACCAUGAACAAGACCAGCCCAGACUUCGAUAUGGACUUUUUCAUGAAAGUCGGCGAAUUCAAGGUCCGCAAGACCGCCCAGAAUCAGUGGGGUGAGCUCAAGAAGAAGAUGGGUAAGAUUGAGCCAGGAGUGAGCAUCGUUCUUCCGCAGCAGAAGCCGAAGAAGGAAGCCGGCUCCGCAACCACCACGCCUAAGAAGCGCACGAAGAAGGACGCUGACGGUGAGGAGGGUGGCGACGGCGGCGAGGAGGGCACUCCGGCCAAGAAGGCGCGCACUCCUCAGAAGACCAAGAAGGGCAGCGACUACGAGGAGGCCGAGCCAGGCGAUGGAUCUCCCAAGAGCAAGAAGAAGGCUUCCCCAGUCAAGAAGGGCGCUGUCAAGAAGGGCGCUGCUGCUGCCAAGUCGGAGCCGGUCAUCAAGGACGAGGAGGCAGAGAAGGAGGACACUCCGGCCAAGGACGACGAGACUAAGGAGGGCGCUGAGAAGGAGAAGACGGCAGAGGGCGAGAUCAAGAAGGAAGCUGCUGGUGGCGAGAAGUGA